UGACAUUAGUACUCUUUGACAGGCUUUUGGCAACUCGCGACAACGCAACCGCAACGCAUCGCGCCGGUUUGUUGAUUUUUUGUUCUUGUUUUGUGUGGUUUAUUGAAGAUGGCAGAAAAGAAGAAAGAGGGAGAAGUAGAAGUGGAAGAUGAAUAUUCGGUGGAGAAGGUUUUAGACCGAAGAAUUAGGAACGGAAAAGUAGAAUAUUUUUUAAAAUGGAAAGGAUACAAUGAUGAGGACAACACAUGGGAACCUGAAGAAAAUCUUGACUGUCCCGAUCUUAUACAAGCCUUUGAAGAAGCAAGGAAAAAGAAGGAAGCUGAGGGUAAAAUAAAUAAGAUAGAGAAAGAUCCAAAGAAACGAAAGUCUUCCGCAGCGACUCCAGAUUUAAAGGGAGCUAAAAAAACAAAACCUGAUGACAAAAAAGCUUCUGGAUUUGAUCGCGGUUUAGAUCCGGAAAAAAUUAUUGGUGCGACAGACAGCAGUGGUGAGCUGAUGUUCCUGAUGAAAUGGCAAGGCACAGAUGAAGCAGAUCUAGUACCCGCUAAACAAGCUAAUAUCCGUUGCCCACAAGUUGUUAUACAGUUCUAUGAAGAACGACUCACCUGGCACACGCCUACACCUGAUGAGGCGACUACUGAGGAUUAAUUUUAGGUAUGCAUAAUGGCCAACAAUAUCCAGUCUUCAACAGAUGUAAAUUGGGAUGUUACUGUCAGUUGUGCUUAGUAUAUAAGGAUUUUAGUUAUAAAACUAUAUAAUUAGUGUAUAUUCUUAAAUAUACAGCAAUAAGACUUGUAAACAAUUAUAUUGA